GAGAUAAUCACCAAUUGUCACUAGGACAGGGGACACAAAUCUGAAUGCAUUUACACAUGGAUGAACAAGUAGGCCCAGACUGACUGGCUUAGUUCGAGGCUGUAGUGUCUGUAUAAAACACUGAAAGAUUUUCAGUAAGGCAUAAUUGAAUGUAUUAGGAGAAGUGAAUUAAGAGUUGGUUCCGUCAAACAGUUUUAUUGAAAUCAUCGAGAUAGACCUAUAUAAUUUUAGUAUCUUUUUUGCUUGUUAAACUUGUGUUUGUACUUAAGAUGUCGGUAUUUUUACAAAAAAUGAUGAGACCACUACGCCUGGAUAGUAUUACUCGGAAAAGUCGUAAAAAGUCAACAGGCAACGACGGUUACUCGGUAUCACCAAUCCCUUCACCAACCCGUAAAUCUCCUAGCGAUACAUUGAUACAGGAGACCACAAACGAGGUUUUUGUUGAAGCUGUUGAAACUCCACCAACUCUUGGAGAACUCAGGAUCUCAAGUUGGAGAUCAAUGUCAACUGAUGACGAAGACACAUCUGGUACUCUUCGUAAAGAACGAUUAGACAAACUACAACACUCUAUUACGUGGCUGCGUAAAGAACUGAUUGAAAUGCGUGCAAUGGAUCAAGUACUAAUAAGACAAUUGAUGGAUAUUCGAAAAACCAUUCAACAGCUAAAAAUAGAAGAUUGUGAAACGGAACAAAUGCAAGUGGACGAGUUUGAUUUGAAACUAGCACAUCGAAUGCCAAGAGAUCAAUUGGGAACAAUCAACGAACAUGGAGGAAAUGGAGAGAGUAAAAAAAGAAACAUAUUUUCGAAUAGUUCAGAAAAAUCUGAAACAGAAGAUAUAGAUGAAUUCUUUGAGAUUACGAAAACAGACUUAACAUUUGACAUACAACAAAUGAUGGAUGUAUGUUUAUAGAAAUGUACAGGCGCCAUUUUUAUUGUUUGGGUAUUUUAACGCCAAGGAAGACAUUGGGCUUAUUCGACUGGUUCAUUUCGUUGAGUACGAAUUUUCGUUGAUUAAUAUUUUCAUUCGACUGGUUCGUAAAAUAGAAUUCGUUGACAACGAAAAUUAACGUAACCAGAAUGCGUUAAUC